AUGGGUCCUACAGCAGUAAAGAGGAGGAAAAUUUCACAAUCUUCUAUGCAGGCAACAAACUCAACUACGGAAUUAGAAGAACACCCAAAUGACGUUUUUCGCAAGUUCUUCGAAAGUCAGUUCCGGCCGUUAGACGAUACACAUAUACAUAAAAAGCGUGCUGCUGUAGCUGUCACAUCCCAGGAGUCAGAAAUAUCAGAUGAUGAAGCAGACCAGUCGGGGGAGGAAAAUUUCGAAGGGUUUUCUGAUAUUGAAGAAGACGAAGAAGAAGAAGAACAAGAAGUGAUGGUUGUCGAACAUGUGGAUGUUCGCAACGAGAAUGUGCUACUGGAUAAGCAAACACGUAAAGCUUUAUUGUCUGCCAAAGUCCCAGCUUCUUCAGACACAUUAAAUAGCACAUCCAAGAAAUCAAACAAGGCCAAAGACGAAGAAGUCGACAACGAAGCAGCAAACCUACAAAACGAUCUCGCCUUGCAGCGUCUACUAAAGGAGUCACAUUUACUUGACUCGACAUCAUCAGAUUUAAACCCCACAGGGAAGAACAGACACAAAGCGCUUGAUUUGCGACUACAAGCUCUUGGAGCCAAGAAAUCUCUAUUUGAGCGAAAUAAAAUGCCCAAGUCACACCGCCAGGGCAUCGAGGCCAGGGCCGUCAAGACAGAGACUACCCGUCGCCGGGAAGCCCGAGAGAAUGGCAUUAUCCUCGAGAAACCCGUUUUCAAACAGCAGAAGAAUAGUAGCAGUAGUGCGAAACGGAGGGAUAGGGGAGUUGGUGCUCCAGCAGUGGGUAAAUUCGCUGGAGGUACCUUACGGCUCAGCAAACACGACUUGGCGAGCAUCCAGGGUCCAUCUAGGAAAGGCGGCAAAGGUUCUAAACGGGGUCGCCGCUGA